UAAUAAAUUAUGUUCAAUAAUAAUAUGUCCAUGUCCAAUGAAAACAAUGACACCUAGAUUUAACACUUCCGUCAUCUCAACCACUCUCUAGUUCUACCCCUUCACUUGAUCAAAAGAAAAGACACCAUGUCUCAUUCACAUCUCUGCUUUCUGUGUCUGUGGAAGUUGAAAACGUUGCUCCUUUGACAAGCUAUUGUUUCAAAUCCUCAAAGAUAAUAAAAUCAAUGUCAGGUUCAAGGUAUCUCUUCAGUAAGGGCAUCCUUUCUCACACCUUAGAUGUUCCUCUUGCUAAAGUGUUUCUUGAAGCUCAUCCAGGUGCUUACACAACACCACGUACUCAUGAUAAUGCUUCAUGCUUGAUGUUUUGGGAAAGACACAUGAAAAGACUUUCAGAAUCUAUACAAAUUCUGUCAAAUUUGGCACCACAACUUUUAUUUAAAUCCGAUAAUGCUGCAACUGCAAGUUCGCAGCCAGUUUCACCAAAUUUGCCGGUUUGGCAACCUGCAUUGAAAAUGCUUGUUAAUGAUUCAUUGGAGAAAAUCUUUCCGGUUGCAUUGAAAGAGAAGUUUCAUACUGAGGAGCUUAUCAUUACUACUCUUGUUAGUGGUAAUUUGGAGAAACUGAAUGCAUGUGAGACUAUAUCUAAGGAAACAAUGAGUAAAUAUUUUGAUGUGCAUGUGCAUAUUGAGACUUAUGUUCCUUCUCAAUUUGGUAUCCGGGGAAAUGGCGAACAUUUGGCUGUUGGAGGCUAUGGCAGGAACAUUGCAGGUGCAAAAUAUUCAGAUUGGGUGAGGAUUAGGAAGAAUCUGGAAAAGCUCAGACCUCCAUCAGUGACAGAAAUUUUGCUGUCUUAUAAUGGUGAUCAAAUACUUGAAGGUUCUGCUACAAAUUUUUUCGUUGUUUGCCGCAAGGAUCGGGAUUCAGAUGAUGGGAAGUCCUCAUUUGAUUAUGGAAAUAAAAACUCUUUUGAAGUGCAGACAGCUCCUAUCAAUGAUGGUGUUCUUCCAGGAAUAAUACGCCAACUAGUGCUCGAGGUGUGCAAGAGCGAAGGAAUCCCAUUUCGAGAGGUUGCUCCAUCAUGGUCAAAACAUGUAAUCUGGGAGGAAGCAUUCAUCACAAAUAGCUUGAGGAUUUUGCAACAUGUAGAAAGCAUUCAGGUUCCAACAGAAUGGCAAUCAGCCCAUUCUAAAACCUGGAAAGAUAUAUCAUGGACAAAAAAACAAUUUAAGGAUGGACCUGGGAUGAUCACAACUUUAAUCCAGGAAAAGGUUAUGGAGAAAGCAAUUUCGGAAGAGUAUCCGAUAAGUAACAUAUGGACAAGGUGAAGAUCCUAAUUCGUUAUUGGGAUGAAAUGGACUGUAGUUAUACUGAGAAUGUCAUAGUUUCUCAAUGAUUAGAUGAUGAAAAUGUAAUCACUUGGAACAUGUCCAUUUUACUGAUAUGAAAUCUGAACAACUUAAUAAGUCAGGACCAAAACAGAAACAAAAUAGUAUACAUAAAUCAACUUCUUAGGCCACCUCCAGAAGGUGCUUAUGUCCAUUUUGCUUAACAAAUAUUGUGGAAACAAACAUUGAUCCUUA